CCCAAACAGGACGUACCACCAGCGGCAAAGACCGGAAAAUUUGCGGGACGCCAAAAGCCAAGCAACAUUUUCUCUUCCUUGCCAUUCCACGCGCCGUUUCGUCACUUUUCUUCUCGAAUUCAACCAGCGACUUCUCCAUCGUCGGGCUCAUUAUUUGCAUCUCUUCGUCACCGCCCCCUUUUUUUUCUUCUUCUUCACACCACAGCAACAAUGGAUCACGGAAGAGACCCCUGCCCCUGGGUUAUUCUCAAUGACUUUGGCGGUGCCUUUUGUAUGGGUGCCAUCGGUGGUACCAUCUGGCACGGCAUCAAAGGCUUUCGCAACUCCCCCUACGGCGAGCGACGCAUCGGCGCAAUCACAGCCAUCAAGAUGAGAGCGCCUGUUCUCGGUGGUAACUUUGGUGUUUGGGGUGGUCUCUUCUCUACAUUCGACUGCACCGUCAAGGGCAUCCGCAAGAAGGAGGACCCUUGGAACGCCAUCAUCGCUGGCUUCUUCACUGGUGGCUCCCUCGCCAUCCGUGGUGGCUACAAGGCUGCGCGCAACGGUGCCAUUGGCUGUGCCGUUCUUUUGGCUGUCAUUGAGGGUGUCGGUAUCGGCUUCAGCAAGAUGCUUGCCGGUUCGACCAAGCUCGAGGCUCCUCAACCUCCCCCUAGCAUGGAGGCUGCUGUUUAAGAGCGCGUUGACAUCUGGACUUACGACUCAGCAGCAGCGACCAUGCUGCUCCUAUUCAACUCUACUUCUUCCCUCUUCCUGUUUUCUUACAACUUCGAAAAAGUUUAAUCGACAAAAUCUUGUUACGACAAUGAACCGGAAAUAACACCCGAAAUCGCGCGCGACCUUUUGAAGUCGUCGCUCACAACGGCAUCGCAUAGGCGUUUAUACUGUAUUAUUAGAAUGGGGCCGAGGAAUCUUGUUUCUAGGGGAUUACAAAACGAAGGAUUGAUAUUUUGGUCAAUCAAGUGUAUAAAAGUAAAGGCGAGCGUCUUUGUACUACUACCGGAACAAAAGGAAGACAUCUCGGCUAGCUCGGCCUCGGAGAGGAGGGGAGCUACAAAGGACCACAUAGACCAUGAAUCUACUAUUUUCUUGUUU